AAAAAAAGAUCCGUUACCAGAAAGUCUCCUUCUUCUUCUUCUUCUUCUAAACUCAUUGACAUUUCACUCCGUAGAUUAACUGAAUACAGGUGAAAAACAGUGGAAACACAGCUUCGAGACUGAGAGACUUCAGUAUGGGUAUUUAGAGGGAAGAAAGAAAAGGUGGAGACAAAAGGAAAACAAAUAAAUACUUUCUUAUUGAGCUAAGACCCACUUAGGUGUUUUGAGUUCUUCUUCAAUCAAUCAUGGUUGCAAGAACCCCACCGAAGCAGAGGAAAGUGGUGGUGGCUCCUCUCAACCCUGUUUUGCUAAGAGAAACUCUGAAGAAGGUGGAUAAAUGUAUGUCACGAUUGCAAGAGUUACAGUACACAGUAGCAGGAGGGACCAAGGUGAUAUCUGGGGUUAGUCUCAGUCCUCGGAGCACAAGGGGUUAUUUAAGAACUAGUCUCAGGUGCAAGCAAGAAUCUUUGAGGAUGAAAAAUGCUGCUCAGAAGAAAUCUCCUGUUGGGAAGUUUCCAGCGAGCACAGGAGGGGACUGGCGACGAAUGUCACUGCCAGCGAUGCUAGUCGGAGAAACAGUCGGAGAAAUUCUCCAAGCAAGCCAGUUUGCAAGAGAAAUCGUAGCUGCAGUAACUGAAAAACCCAAGAAGAAAACAGUUCUUCCUAUUCAGGAUCAAGCCCCAAAAACACCAGACACUGACCAGAAAAACCAGAGACCAGACCAUGAAAACUCUGAAUUAAAAGCUCGAAGAAAGAAGGAGAAACAUAACAGGUUGCAGCUGAUCCGAGCAGAAUCCAAUUCUCCAUCACUGCAAAAAGCUCGUUCCAGAAUCAACUUCAAGGUUUCUCCCUUAAAAAUAAAAGAAAACACAAACACUCGCUAUAUAGCAGCAAACAGAAUCUCUCCCAAGAACAAACCGUGGGCUAAGAAGACUGUUCUUUUCCCAAACCCUCUUUUCCAUUCAACUCCAUCUUCACACCAACAGAAGUUCUGCAAGACAAGGUCUCCGGUGAUAGCCAGAAACAACAACAAACAGACGACGACUCCGCAUAAGUUUCUGAUAAAGCUGCCGACUUCACCACCGUCGGCUGGUUCUUCCAAGUUUCGAGUCAAAAUCAGGAGUCCACCGGUGGCAAUUUCUCCCAAAAGGCAAAACAAUUUGAGCAAGAUGUCGUCAACUGCGGCAAAGCUCCGGCGGUCUUUGUCGCCGGCAAGACUGGCGAAUAGAUUAGUCUCGCCAUUGAAGAGCAGGAAAGGUGUACAGAGACCGGCGGCUGUGCCACCUAUUCGAUUCUCUACUGGGAGAAUUCAAGGGGCAACUCUGAUCUGAUUCAUAAUCGGUAAAAAAAAAAAAAAAGAACUAAAAGAAAGUUUGAUCUUUUUUCUUCUGGGAUUUUGAUUUUCCAAUGUUUAUAUCAGAACUGAUUCUUUACUUUUUUCUUUUCUUAAUGGCUGUGAAUUGUUUAUGUUCAACGUACAUUUGCUGAUGUACCAGUUUGGGAGCU